AUGCAGGCGUCGAUGAUGACGCGUUCGCUUUACGUGAGCGCCAAAGAUCGGCAGGCCGAAGUUGCACGACGACGUAAGGAACGGGAAGACCAAGUAAAUCAGGAGUAAGUGCUGAAUAUUAAAAAAAGAUUUAUGUGGAAUAUUAUUUGCAACUAAUUUAUUUUUUAGAAGGGAAGAAAAAAUCAGACUGGCACAAGAACGUGCUCAGCGUGCUUUGCAGCGAAAGGAACAAGGACUGAAGGAGAAGAUCACAAAAAACAAAGCACAAGAACUGGAGAAGAUAAAGGAGAUUCAGCGCAAAAGGGCCGAGAACGAGAAACGACAACUGGAAAAACAAAAAGUGAGCAAAAAAAUAAAUUUUUUAAAAUAAAGCAGGACUUAACAACUAAUACUUUAGGCGAUUCAGAAGAAAUCAUCGAGUUCUCGUGUGUCUCCACAACGUCAUUCAAAGAAUCCGGUGGCGUUUGGGUCUGGAGUACCAAGGAAACUAGACUUUGGAUCGGCUUCGCGGGUUUCUCAAGGUAGUCAGAAGUCAUCACCAGCACAAGCAAAGACACCGCUACGAAGAGUGGCAGGACCGUCUACACGGAACGUGAUGACUGCUUCUGUAUACUCUCCACCGUCGCGUCCGGUGGUAAGGUCGGAGCCUAAGAAGUUGCCCGCUUCCAUGACUAGGUCUAUGUACUCACCUUCUACAUCACGACCGGUCAAGAAGGUAAACCAGCUUAAUGUCAGGGUAAAUUUUAUUAUAACUUAUUGUAUUUGUUGUUUAACACUGUCGGUAUGAAAAUUGUAUGAUAUAGUUAUAUACAUUUCAGCCUGUUUUCCUUACACGACGAAAGUCAGCCGGGACACCGAAUGCCAAGAGCUUGAAAGUUGUGGAGAAGGUUGCUUUGACUUCUGAGAACAUCACCAACGUAGACAGCAACGACUCAGGGGCUGGAACGUCGGCCAAUGCUUCUACAGAGUCUAUUGUUGUCCCGACACCUCAUCAACAUGAGUAUAAGGACAGUGAUAAUGAAAGCAGUGGGACGGUCAACUUGGCUAACCCAACAGUCAAUUUAGACAAAUUGAUGGAUGCUUCGUUGGAUAACAUCGCCGAGAUCGAGAAGACCGACCAUGUCAAGACUGAUGAGGAGAUCCAAUCAGUUGGAGAAGUUUCUGAAAAGACAAUUGAGGUUUCAGCACCCGUUGUUCAACCGGUCGAAGAAACUACCGCUGCUCAGCCAAUGGAAGAAAUUCCUACUCAAAAAGUCGAAGCAGUCACCACCGUUCAACCAAUGGAGGAAGAAAGUAGAGAACAAAAUUUGGCUCCUACUGAAGCGUCUACAUUGGCCAAGGAAAGUAAUGUAAGUUUACUUGGACGUUUUUACAGUAACAAAAAUUAUAAACAAUCAUGAAAGUUUUAUUUAGGAAGAACCAUUAAAAGAUGUAACAGAAGAAAGUAAAGUGGAUGACAAAGUGAAGGUUGAAGAAGAAGAAAAGGAGGUUGAUAUGACUGCUGACCUCUUUGCCCACAAACAGCCCAUUGAAAAUGAUAUCGUGGCACCAAAGGAACCGACUGAUGUAUUGUUCAAUGAGGUUAAUGAACGUCAAGUAAGUAGUUUUUUUUCUAGCUAUUUUAACCUGAUUUUUAAAGUUUGUCGAUUUAUCUUGCAAUUUUGUGUAAUUUUGAUGGACUUUAGGAUCUUCCACUAGCUACGGAAGAAACUAAUGUUGACGAAAAACUGAAAGAAGAAGACAACCUGCUGGUUCAAAAUGAUGUUCAAGUCUCAAGUUCUCCAGUACAAGAGCCCGAAUCGUCUCCAGUUAAACUCAUCGCCGAACCACAAGUUAAGGUAAGACUUUUCAAAAGGAACUUCUUGCAAUAUCAUCAUUAUUGAUACCUAAAUGUUUAGUUUAGACUACUUAGUUUUUAUUGUUUUAGGUUAGCCCCAUUGUUGAUUCUGAUGCUAACAAUGCUUCUAUCCUACCUGAAGUGCCAGAAGAUCCUUCUGACAGUAGAAUUGAGCAUAAGGAAGCUGGUAGUAAACCUUUAGACUCGUUUAUUGACAGCUUGGCUAGUAAAAGCUUUGAUCAGGUUUCUCCAGAACGUAACAACUCCUUCCCUUCCAAUUCAACUCCAUGUAAUCAGAAUGUAAGCUGAAGUUAAUUUAAAAAGAUGUUUUACUUUAUUUGAUUGAUUAGUUUUGUAUGAUCAGGAAGCUGCUUGUUCAUUGAAUUAAGUUUGCAGAGUGACAGAAUAGUAGAUUACGAUGAGAGAAUAGAUCUGUCUUCGUUCACCCACGAUGAUAGUAAAAACUCAAGUAAUAAUGACUUAAAGUUGGAGGAAGAGGAACGACCUUUGAAUCGGUUUCUCAAAGAUUUGGCCACGAAAUCAUUACUCAGCAAACAACAGUCAGUGCCAGUUCUCGAGAACACUUCCACUAUCCUUUCUAAUUCUAACUCAACACCUCAAUUAACAAACACAAGUAAUGUAAGUGACUAAAUUUGAAAACCUAUAAGUUUUUUUUGGCUUUGUAAACCUAAAAUAUGAAAGGUAAUGUAAAUUAUUUAUGUGGUAUACCUUUCUAGAAUACCCCAACUUUACAACAGUUGAAAGGCGGGGCCGUGAUUGGUCUGACGGCCAAACAAGAACAAGAUCGGUUGAACCGACGCCAACAGCUGGCUGAAAUCAUGUCCAAGAAUCGAGAAGCCAACGGAAGCGGAUCCGUGCUUACGGCCCCGCCAACGUUGACGGCCGUCGAUGGAAUGGAACGGAUUCGCGAGUUGAUAAACCGCAAAUCGCGCGGCUCCCCUAACUUAAUGUCCACCAGUGCCAUAAGCAGUGGCACGACGUCUCUCGCAGAUGAACUUGCAAAUCUGCAGCUCAAUUCCCCUUAA